CUAAUUUGCUUCUUCCAGGAAAAGCUCUCAUUAAAACAUUCCCAAAUGCAGGCAGAAAUCAUCACAAACCACUUGAAAUGAACAUGAGAGUUGUCUUCAAGAGUCUGUUGUUUUUACUGGGGUUUUUCUCAGAUCAAACGAAGGGAGGAACUGAAGUGAACAUAGCAACAUGGGGCAAAGCCAAUCAAUCGACACAGGCUUACAACUGGUAUGCCUCAAACGCUCUGGAUGGGAAAAACUCCACCUGCACUCAUACAGAUACACAGAAUGACCCGUGGUGGAAGCUGGACCUGAUGAAGAUGUACAGCUUGAACAGAGUGACCAUCACUAACAGACACGACUGCUGUAGUUACAGGAUUAACGGGUCAGAGAUUCGGGUUGGAAAUGAUUCUUCAGAUCUUUUCAGAAACCCUGUAUGUGCUGUGGUUUCUUCUAUUCCAAGAGGAGCUACCUACAGCUACUCGUGUCGUGGGAUGAAGGGACGUUACGUUACUGUGAAUAUUCCUGGAACUUCAAAUAUUCUGACUCUCUGUGAAGUGGGAGUAUAUGUGAUUUUUCCAGGUAAUUUGGCAACAGGAAGAACCGUCACACAGUCAUCAACCUAUGGACUGUGGUCUGCAGAACAGGCCAUUGACUUCAAUCCAGGUUUCAUCCAGCCAUCAUCAUCGUGUUCCUCAACCAAUAUUCAGACUAACCCAUGGUGGAGAGUGGAUCUGAGUUCUGUGCACCGAGUUAAUAGAGUCAUCAUCACAAACAGACUAGACAACUCUACAGAACGAAUAAACGGAGCACAGAUUCACAUCGGAAACUCUUUGGAGAACAACGGCAACAGCAAUCCCAUAUGUGCUGUGAUCUCUAGCAUUCCAGCUGGUGUUUCCUCCACCUACACCUGUAAUGAUAUGGAGGGUCGAUACGUGAAUCUGUUCAUUCCUGGAGAUUCAAAGUGUCUUACUCUGUGUGAGGUGGAGGUCUAUGAAGAAGAUCCUUCUGUCCAGGAAGAAUCUUGUGAAGAUGAAGUUUGAGUCUGUGUGAACCUCCAGCUCCUGUCACAGCUCUGGUGGAACGAGGGUCUCAACCGCACUAAAAGGAACUGAUGUUGAAGGAAGCUGUGCCAAGUCAAUGUUUUCCUACAAACACUGGA